CGUUAGCGUCAUUAUUAUUUACAGGCGGAUAAGUUCCGAGGACCGAUCCGCCGCGAUCGUCGGCGGCAGGGAAGGAUCGAGAGGAGCUGGUGGUGGCCGAGACCGGCGUGCCGUCGUCGGAGGACGAAAAAUCGACGACAGGAGCGGGAGAGCAGGACAGGAUCGAGGAAAAUGGACGGUGAGGGUGCAGCCCCGGUGGCGGCGCUGGUGUAACACGGCCGAAUAGCGGUACGGUGAAACCAGCCGAGCAAGCUGCUCGGCUCGCCUCGGCUCGCCACUCGCCGCUUCAGUUCGUGUCCUCUCGCUGCACACGACGGACGUGUUCGAGCUCGGUGUCGCGCGUCUCGCGUUCUCUGUACCGCGAGCAAGAGAGACAGACAGACAGACCUGAACGAAGAUAGAACAACAGAGGAGAAGAGGAGAGAACUAUAUAUCUCGGCGAGAACCUCUCGGUGGUGGUCGAACUAGCCUCUAACACCACGAGCCGCCUUCUAUUCGGUGGUUCCCGCGUGCGCGAAAACCCAGAAACUGUGCCGCGUCGAUUCGAACGGCGAGAAGCCAAUCGAGUGAAACAGAUUGAUAAAAACGUACCGAAGGGACGCGUGUCUCGCGAAAACGACGCACGAGGUCGUAGUAGUGUUCCCCGGCCGGUCUGCGAUCGAGUUUCGUUUCAGUGACUUGUGUACAACGAGAGAGAAAGAUAGAUAGAUAGAGAUAUAGGUGUAUAGGGAGGAAGAGAGAUAGAGGUAGAGAUAUAGCUAGAAAGAGAGAGAGAAAGAGAGAGGUUGAAUAGUAGAAAAGUGGUGAACCAAGUGCGGGAAUCUGCAUCGUGCCUAGGAUCCACGCCGCGGCGCGAUACCGUUCCCGAUAAUCGAGCGAUCGAUUCGGAGGAACGCUCUCGGUGAAUCUUGUCCGCCGAGAAAGGGACCGACGGUGGGAACGAAACCGAGGGAGAGGAAUAAAGAGAGCUACACAGACGAAAGAGAGAAAGCGUGCAUAGCCGUCGCAGGCCGCGGUGCACCGUCCUCCGUCCACCUUUCGCGUUGCCGCGAGUGCACGGGAUAAAAUGGCGCUUGCUUUCCUCCGUGUGCCUCUAUCGACCGUGACAAACAAUCCGACGACGGAUUCGCGUCGACGCCACUCGCCGCGACGUUUUUAAGCGGCUGAACAUUUUUCGCGGCACCGUUUUCCCCCCAUUUUCACACCGCCUCACCACCGACCAUCCCUCCUACCCUCUCUCGUCUCCCGCACCCCCUCUCGUCUGCUACCCGUUGUUUCCAUCGUUUGCUGCUGCCGUUCUUUUUGUCCGCGAAUCGAAGCACCGCGACACGCACACAAACCCACCUACACAACGCGACACACCGGAACGGUUCGCUAGGAACGCGUCCCGCGUACGUGCAACAAACACACACACGCGUACACACGGGCGCAUUUGGAUCGGAGGUACAACGGUCGAAGAAACAAGAAUUUUGUGUGCUUCUCGUCUCCCCUUCGCGCACAGUGGAGUGGAAUUUUCGGAGCUGGAAACGCGCGUCGAAUCGGAUUGGAGUUCCAGGAAGGCGGACCAGUUACCGGACAGACGAGGCAGCCGGUGGAGUCGUCGCGCGUCUGCGAGAAAUUCAGGCUUCGACGGAGGCUUGCGCGGGAGGAAACAGCGCCGCUCCCGCCUGAAAGAGCGAAAGGGGUGAGAACGGGAGAGAACGACGGCGAAAGAGGGAGAGCGCGAGGAUCACGGCGACAGAGCGGGAGGAAAUGCGACGAAUCUCGGCUCGUCAUUAAGGGAGAAGCAGCAACCCUUUGUAGGUGAAACGUCGGGGGAAAAAUCGAACUUGUUUCCGACAGGCUGUGUGCAUCGUCGUCGCGCGACUGUUUCCGGUUACAGGCGACGCGUCGAUGCAACGAGGAGGACGACCGAGCCGGGGCCUGAUCGCACGACGUCCGCAGCAGACUACGAGCAAGCAUUUCCGCGGGACCGAGAGACGCCUCGCCCGGCCUAAUCGAUGUUAGAUGGAAUAAGGCCCUUCGGUAACCGAAAUCGUUCUCUCCGUACGAUAAGAAGCAAACUCGCGUCCACCACGCGAGAGAUCAUCCGACUCCUCCAUCCUGCCUAGACUCGUGGCAGGCGUCGUAGAGCAGAGAGGGUUGGCGAGGCUCGCGCGCGGAAAGCCAGCCGGAGCCAGGCAACUAUUCUAGGGGGCAAGAAGCGCCGUUGGUUCAGCUUCCGGAAGGGUCUCGCGACCUGGAGCAGGAGCAGGAGGAAGAGGAGGUGGCAGGAGGUGCGGGAGGAGGCGGAGGAGGAGGAGGCGGUGGUAGCGUUGAAGCUGGAGGAGUCGGGAAGCGACGAGAGUGGUUGCGCGUCGUCGUCGUCGCGUGACGUGCGGAAAGAGCAGACGAACCGUGGAGGAGGCAUGAGGAGGAGAGAGUGACGACGCUGCCGGUGCUGCAGCCUCGCACAGAUCGUGAGAGGACCGGCGGCCCCACGGUGGGGCUGCGAUAAGAAUGGCCCCCUUCAAUAUGGCGGGCGUAGCAGGCCUUCUAGCCACCUGCGCCGCCGCUGCUGCUUCCGCUGCCCACCUUCUGCCGUUGCUGCUGUUGCUGAUCUGCCCGCGAGGGACCCACGCCGAACAAGUUGUACUCUUGGACACGACACAGGAGGAGAAGCUCGAGUGGACAAAGUACCCGUUCGGGUCGCAAGUGAGCACCCCAGGGUGGGUGGAAGAGUCGUUCACGAACUUCGACAAGGGCAUCAAUUGGCGGAGCUACGUUGUCUGCGACGUUGCGUACAACAACGUGAACAAUUGGCUGUGGACGCCGUUCGUCGAGAGGGGUCCGGCGAACCGCAUGUACGUAGAAAUCAAAUUCACGAUCCGUGACUGCUCGAUGUUCCCCGGAACCGCGCGCAGCUGCAAGGAGACCUUCAGCCUGCUCUACUACGAGUUCGACGUCGCCACCAAGGAGACGCCGCCCUGGGAGACAGACAGCUACAAGUUGAUCGGACGCAUCGCCGCCGGCGAGGGGAGGUUCAACACGAACGCCGAGGUGGUGAUCAACACGGAGGUGAAGUCGAUCCCGGUGACCAAGAAGGGCGUGUACUUCGCGUUCCGCGACCAGGGCGCCUGCAUCUCGAUCCUCGCGAUCAAGGUAUACUACAUCAGCUGCCCGGAGAUCUCGAUGAACUUCGCCCACUUCCCGGCGACCCCGACCGGUCGCGAGGUCGCGCUGAUCGAGCAGACGAUCGGCACCUGCGUGGACAACGCGGUGGUCAUCGAGCAGCCCACCUUCCUCUGCAAGGGAGACGGCAAAUGGUACCUGCCGAACGGCGGCUGCCACUGCAAGCCCGGCUACCACGCCGACGUCGAGAAACAGGAGUGCACCGAGUGCCCGGUCGGCAAGUUCAAGUACGAGGCGGGAUCGCACAGCUGCGAGCUGUGCCCGGCGCACAGCAAGUCCUCCGCCCUCGGGUUCACCGAGUGCCGGUGCAACCCUGGAUACUUCAGGGCGGAGAAGGACCCCAAGAACAUGCCCUGCACGCAACCACCGACAGCGCCGCAGAACCUCACGGUGAACUUUGUCGACCAGUCCACCGUCAUCCUCUCCUGGAACGCGCCUCAUAUGCUGGGCGGCAGGACCGACACCACCUACAGGGUGGUCUGCGACGCCUGCAGCAUGGGCGUCAAGUACAUUCCCAGCACCCAGGACGUCUUCAACGACACGAAGAUCACGAUCACCGGCUUGAACGCGGUGACCACCUAUCGGUUCCAAGUGUUCGCUGAGAACGGCGUGUCGACGCUGGCAGGCAAGUCGGAGUACGUGGACAUCACCGUGACCACCGAGGCCAGCGUGCCCAGCCUCGUGAGCAACGUCCGCAUCACCAGCGUCAAGAGCUCCGAGCUCAGCAUCAGCUGGGACGCUCCCAUAGCCGAGAUAAGCGGAGACAGCGACCUGGUCGAGCGAUACGAAGUGAGGUGUUAUCCGCGGUACGACGACGCUACCAACGCUACCGUCGUCCAAACCUCGGACCUCUCCGCGACGUUCAAGGGCCUGAAACCGUCGACGGAUUACGCGAUCCAAGUGCGGGCGAAAACGACCAGAGGCUGGGGCGAGUACACCCCGGUGGUGUUCAAAAAGACGCCGCACGCCAUGGGUCUAGAUUACGUGGGCGAGGACGACAACAUGCAAGUGAGGAUCAUAGCGGGCGCGAUCGUGGCCGUGGUGGUUCUGCUGGUGAUCAUCAUCAUUAUGACAGUUCUGAUACUGAGAAGCAGGGCCUCGGACGAGUGCAACAAGAAACAGCCGAGCGACUGCGAUACCUUGGAGUACAGGAACGGCGAAGGACUAGUUGUGACCUACAUGCACUGCAAAAUGGACAGUUCACCGAUUGUGACAACCCACACCAACAACAAGAGCAAGUCCUCGCUGACCACGCCGCUGUUCACACCUGCAGUGGGGGUCGCUGCCGCAGGUGCUGGAGGCGCCGGUGGUGCGAGCGCGAGGAGUUACGUCGAUCCUCACACCUACGAGGACCCGAACCAGGCCGUAAGGGAGUUCGCCCGUGAGAUCGACGCUGGAUACAUCACGAUAGAAGCCAUCAUUGGUGGCGGCGAAUUCGGCGACGUGUGUCGAGGAAAGCUGAAGCUGCCGCCGGACGGUCGGACGGAGAUCGACGUUGCCAUCAAGACCCUGAAGCCGGGCUCCGCGGACAAGGCUCGCAACGACUUCCUCACCGAGGCCUCGAUCAUGGGCCAGUUCGAGCACCCGAACGUGAUAUUCCUCCAGGGGGUCGUGACCAAGAGCAACCCGGUGAUGAUCAUCACCGAGUUCAUGGAGAACGGCAGCCUGGACACCUUCCUGCGCGCGAACGACGGCAAGUUCCAGGUGCUCCAGCUGGUCGGCAUGCUGCGCGGCAUCGCCAGCGGCAUGCAGUACCUCGCGGAGAUGAACUACGUGCACCGGGACCUCGCGGCGAGGAACGUCCUCGUGAACGCCGCCCUCGUGUGCAAGAUCGCGGACUUUGGACUGAGCAGGGAAAUCGAGAGCGCCACGGAGGGAGCAUACACGACCAGGGGAGGAAAGAUUCCGGUGCGAUGGACAGCUCCUGAGGCGAUAGCGUUCCGGAAGUUCACGAGCGCGUCGGACGUGUGGAGCAUGGGGAUCGUGUGUUGGGAGGUGAUGUCGUACGGCGAGAGGCCGUACUGGAAUUGGUCGAACCAGGACGUGAUCAAGUCGAUCGAGAAAGGCUACAGGCUUCCAGCGCCGAUGGACUGUCCGGAGGCGAUCUACCAGCUGAUGCUCGACUGCUGGCAGAAGGAACGGACUCAUCGCCCGACCUUCGCCAACCUUACCCAGACCUUGGACAAGCUGAUCCGGAGCCCGGAGACGCUCAGGAAAAUCGCCCAGAACAGAAUCAGGGAAAGGGGUGCUCCACCCCCACCCCCACCCGCCUCGUCGACAUCCUCCAACGUGCAUUUGAGGAAAAGGAGCACCAAUCCACUGGCGCCGGACGCGGUGGAUUUGACGCAGCUGACCUCGGUCGGCGAAUGGCUGGCCUCGAUCAAGAUGUCCCGGUACGCGGACAGUUUCGAGAGGUCCGGCGUGACGACCUUGGAAGCGGCGGCCCGCGUGACCGUGCAGGAGCUGACGGCGCUCGGCGUGACGCUGGUGGGACACCAGAAGAAGAUCAUGAACAGCGUGACCGCGCUGCGGGCGCAGAUGUCUGCCACCUCGCAGGGCUUUCUCGUGUAACCGCGCGCGCGCGCGCUCGACAACGCUCGAAAACGAACCGCACUUGUCGGCAGCCGCGCUCGUCGCGUCGGUCCUCGAGGAUCGACGGAGCCGGGCGUCGUCGGCUUCGACGUCGGCGUCCCGUCGGCGCGAUCCUUCUCGAGGUUCCAUCGAGGGACGACGGUCCGAGCGGCGACACCAUCCUAGUCAGGACGACAGGCGUUCCAGCGCCGCGAGUACCACGAGCAACCGGAGAACCCCGAAGUACCCCGAAGAAACCCCGAACAAGCACAUUCCACCGGCCCACCGCGGAGAGAGCCCGCGAGAGAGACCAGUCUCUCCCCCCGAAGGCGGGCAAUCGUUUUGUCCGUCGUCGGUCCCCCGCGACAAGAACUCGUCCGCGAGACGGAGCCAGGAGGAGCCUGACGCUCCAGAACCGCCGAUCUCGAUCGGAAAUCGCGACGCGCCCCGUGACGGGAUCAAUCCGUAGAUAAUGUAUGUAACGCGCGCAGGCCUAACGAAUUCGAGUCGGCCGCGGCGACUUUCUCCCUCCUCUUCCUAGAGCAACGGUGUCCCGGAGAACCGGCCCCUUCAGCGAAGGGACACCGGAACUGCCGCCGUCUGAUCACUGCCGUAAAACGUUUACACGCACUCGCGAUGCUCCGCUCGACGCGACCGGAGGCUACCCGCCGAGAACAGAGCGCGUCGAAUAACUUAACGAACAAAUAACGUUCGUCGUCGAGUCGCGCUUCGACGCCGCGAAUUCACCGAACCUCUGCUGUCGCGCCGACGCGGCAGAGACGAGCGCGCGAAGAGCUAAUCUUUCUCCUCGACGACGGACCUUUCUGUUUUGUACGUUCUUCACCGAACCCCACUCCCCCCUGUUUCCGUGCCACGUAAACCCGGCGCUGGCGAGGUGGCUGAAUCUAAACGAGACACGAGAGCAGACUCCGCUUCGACGAUGCAACGCGUUACAUAAAACUCUCCAUAUAUUUUCAAUCGAUGUUAGAUCGCGUAUCAUUCAAUUAAGUCCCGCCACUGCCUCCGUUUCGGCACGACUCACUGCCACGCGAUACGUUCUCUCAAAUUUAUAGUCAAUUCAAAACAUCACACCGGGGUCUUCGGCUCGCCCACCUUGCUAACGCUGGGAUAAAAGCAAACCGAUCCACGUUCCGCGCGGCGUUCCCGUUCGCGUCGGACGGCGAAUCGAGCCACGAACAAACACGAUCGUCCAACGUUUGCAGACCAUCCCGCGAACCGACGGCCUAACAAAACUCUGUCCACGCGCCGAUCCUGGAUCCUCCGGUUCGCCCGAACACCGCGAAUCGUUGCAGCAACCUGGCCGAACCAGCGCGAUUCCCCGUUUCGAAGCUGUCCAGCUUUCGAUUGAAAUCGUUGAUUUGUAUGUUUUGUUGAAGCGCGUCGAACAACGCGCGCACGCUGUUCGACCGAGACGCGUCGCGGCGAAUGGCGAACGGCUUGCGAUCGUCGGUGAACACGCGCCGCUGCCGAUCGUACUAUUUAUUUAUACGACAAUUUACGAGGAACGGAUGAGUCUUGUAAAGAGGAGGAACGCGGUUCCGAAACUUGCCGCAGCCGCCUCGCGAGAAACGGCGCUAACGUCGGAGAAUCGGAGGACAGGAGCGAGCCUAACGCGGCGUUCGGCAACGUCCUGUGCAACAACGAAUCUUUCAUCCUUUAUACAGCGAUAGCGGCGGAUCGGUCGCGCGACGAUCGACGAAACGAGGCGUGUUGCCGUCACUUAACUUUAUUGUACGCGAGUCGCGCGUAUGUACCUGUUCGAGGAAGCGAGCGAGAGAGUAACGAAACACAUGUGCCAAUGAAGCGAGCCGAGGGAAAGUAUAGAGAAAGUAUAUUCGAAAGUGUGCAACGAUUAUUGCUAGGGUCCGGAGAAGAAACCAAUGGUACGAGGAAAUCAGUCGUCGAACGUGUCCCUCGGCAACGUGAACAUAUCAAGGCGUAUGGAGAGAGAGAGAGAGAGAGAGAGAGAGAGAGAGAGAGAGAGAGAGAGAGAGAGGAGAAACGAAUCGAGGGCUCGGACAACGAGAAGCCGAGGGACGACGAGAACCGACGAGACCGGUUCCGGCGAUUGCUAGAUUUUUCUUUCGUUUCGAGGCUCGUUUCGUCGCGGCGGAUGGUCUGCAGCUCGUUGAAGUCGCGUUCGCUGAUUUUAAAGACUGCGCUCCCCCGGUCCUAAUUAGGCCUCCGGAGACACCCGUGUCGAAAGACGAACGACGCUUUGUCGGGAGCUCGAGCGGUAGAGCGAUCGAAGACCCUUCCGAGCGAGUCCGCAGGGCCACGGGCAAUUUUAAUUCUUAAUUUAACGAAUUACGAUAUAGAAAUAUAGUUGACGGGAUCCGAGGCGCCGAUCGAUACCCGAGGAACCCGGUGUUUCGGCCUGCGCGUCGAACGGGACGGAUAUCAAUGGGCGAGAGAGCGGUCCGCCGGUCUUCCUCGGAUCGGUGGAUCGGCGCGUCGAGAUCUCUCGAAGAUUAGAAUGAUUCGUACUCGAGGUCGUUCCGUUCGCGUUCGGAUAAUGCGAUGGAAGGUCCUGGAGGGUCGCGGGUCCUCGAUGCGACCGCGAGCCCUCUCGGUUUAAAGGGAGGAGGAACGAGGAAACCCGGACAGAGCUGCCGGAUCAGAAACGAAAGAGAGAAAGAAAAAGAGACGGCGACGAUUUAAGAAGCAAUAAGCGAAUACACGCAAAUGCAGAUUUUUAUAUAGAGAAUGUUAACAAAUUUCAGAAAGAUAUUAAUUAUCGAUAGCGCUAUCUUCCUAAAUGUUCGUAUUCAAAUGAAAAUGGGGAAAAAGUUAACGAGAGGGCGAGGUGUACAGCGUGCGAGGGUGGACGCCACGAGCGACGCGCGACACUAUGGCAGGUGUAUGUCCCAGCCGAGAACGUAUAGAGAACCAACCGCGUCCGAAAAGGAAACGAACCCGUCGACGGCCGAAUCAAACGAAAACGAGUAAAAGCAAACGGAAAGUGUGCGUGCGUGCGUGCGUGUGUGUGUGUGCGUGCAUGCGUGUAGCUUUCGUUUCGCUCGGCCGGGGGGAAGCCCGCCGCCAGCAAACGCCGCCAAACUCAACGGAAAAGGUUUUAAAGAACUCUUUCAAGCUGUAACUAUUUGUGUCUAGCGACGAAACCUGCGAGUGCGACCUGAAGUUUUGAGAAUGUCGAUAGUUUCAGCGGAUUUAAUAUUUAGAUUUCAUAGAUCUCUAUCGAUAUUACACACGAUCGUAGGCACGAAACGAGCAGAUGAUAAUUAGUUAGAGCGUAAAGGAUAUCUUAUUAGAGAGAGAGAGAGAGAGAGACCUUUUCGAUUUUCACUUUUUAAGUCUUUCGAGUCUCGAGUCGGUCCGAGAACGGGCUGAACCCACCCCCGCCCUCCUUCUCCCGUCCCGAUCUAUGCUAAUCACCUCUGUUUCCCAUCGUCUCCUCCUUCUUUUUCCUCCUCUUCUUCUUCUUCUUCUUCUUCUUCUUCCUCGUCCUCUUCAUCAUCAUUAUCAUCAUCCUCAUCAUCAUCAUCAUCAUCAUCAUCAUUAUUUUAUUCUUCUUCGCCCUACACUUUCAAAGCUUUUGAUAGUACUUCGUGUCGGUGUAUUUACGUUGUAUCUUUCUCUCUUCCUCUGCCUCUCCUUCUCCCUUUCCGACAACGAGACGCGAGGAGAGCCCACUUUUAAUAUUCCGGAGACGGGGAUCCGAGAUUAGAAAUGGAAGAGCGAUAGAAAAAUAGAAAUGUAUCCAUUAACGUAAAUCAAAAUUCUUCUCGGCCGUUGCGCGGACGAAUCUUUCGUUGGCCCCCUCGCCAACGUUGACCCCUGCCAUCGUUGUCUGUCCCAUUGGUUCGCUUAUCUGCCCGCCCCCAUUACUUGUUGUUUCAUCAUUUGCCGUUAUUACCGUCAAUUGCAGUAUUCUCGCCUAAUAAUCGGUUGCUCUUUCCAUCGAGGGAACGCAGCGAAACGAAAGGGAGAAAUUCAACGGAGUAUCCCUCCUAUUACUGAAACGAAGCCUGAGAAACCACACCGACCACCCCACAGCCCCUCUCUUUUUUUUUGUUUUACUUAAUAACAUUUUACUCGAUUAACACAUUUUCUGUACUACUAUUUAUUAAAAAGCAAAGAAAGCCUUAUUUAUUGUUUAGAGAUCUGACUAAAUUAAAGCGAACGUUUGAAUUGUCGUAGGUUUAUCUAUUUACCUUUGCUAGAAUCGUGCGAACGGGGACGAGAGAAAGAAAGAAAGAAAGAAAGAAAAUAAAGUGAGAGAGAGAGAGAGAGAGAGAAAGAGUGAACAUGCAGUUAUUUCCUUACCGCGGAGGUUUUUCGAGAAGCUCGGUUCCGUCGUAAAGAACAAAAAAGAAAAAUCGUGAAACCUGGAAACAGAUUCCGGAGCAGCACCCAGCAACAUAGAAAUACGAUCGUCGAGUCUCCGAGCAGCUCUAUGUUCUUUAUCGAUUAGUUAAGCGAUUAUCAUUUUUCUUUUUUCUUCUCUGUGAGCGACCUACGUGGCGCAUCGUUUCAUUCUCCCUCCGAUUUUGUUUUUCUUUUUGUUUCCGUUUCUACUGCUACCAACCGGUCUUUUUACAGCGAACUUUAUCAAUGUACCUGCUUCGAAAAAAACGAAAAAGCAUAUGAAAGAAGUUUUUAAAAAAGAGUAAAAACAAGAGAAACGAAAAAUGUAAAAGUAAAUGGAACUGUUAUAUCGAGAAUUCGCGAGAAGACAAAGCACACAGGUACCGUCCCGUAUAUAUUAUAAAUAGCUCGCAUUCAUAACUAUCACACGUACACGCAUCAUAAUUUAUGUAUACUCGUCGAACUGAGUUUUCACAAGCAGAUUGGUUCAGCGAAAUCGCCACCGUGUGUCCUCGAUUCAUUGUAAGAAAAGUAUGUGCGAAAACGAAUAAAAAAAAAAAUAUAAAGAAAAGACAAUGCGACAACAAAGCGCAACAGAUGCAAUAAGAGAGUUAAUGUCGACAAAUUUUGGAAUGUGUCUAAAAACAUUUUUCCUAUGGUGUUGUCAAGACGAUGUUGAAUGUAAAUAAGAUAUAAUAAAUAAUAUACCUUAUACGAUGUAAUA